AUGAUUCUCCCAAGCUUCUUCGCACCGUCAGCUCCGCUUCGACUCAUCCUUGCCGUCUUGGCCACAUUAUGCACCUUGCCAGGCAUUAAAGCACAGGGUGUAGCAUCGUCGAAGACGAAUGGCACAGGACCACUGUCGCAAUACAAAUCUAGACCUGACAUAUAUGCGCCGUUCCUGAACAUCUCCCUUUUCCGCGAAGAUGCCGUGACCCCCGGCUAUAUCUUUCUCGGACCCUAUCAGACAUUCCAAGAGGCGAUUUACAUUUAUGACAAUCGGGGGAAUUUGGUCUAUUCGGGUUACGGCUCAACUGGAGGUGGUCCAAGUCAUAACUUCCACGUGUGUUCGGUCAACGGGACGGACAACCUGUGCUACAUAACGGGCGGGCAAAAUGUUGGUUAUGCACGAGGUUAUGCUGUCAUACUCGACGACACCUUCACCACCAGAACUUCCAUUCAUUCUGGUGGCGGUGUGGCCAACUUUGACGAGCACGAAUUCAACGUCCUCCCCGACGGCUCGUCGCUGUUCACGCUCUAUAACCCGGAACAUUAUGAUCUCUCGGUCAAAGGUAUUAGAUCUGGCCAAGGAUGGAUCAUGAACAACUUCUUCCAGCGGCUAGAGAUUGGCACGAACCGGUUGUUGUUCGAGUGGUCUGCCUUGAACCACGUCCAGCCCAACGAAACAUUCGUCCAGCCCGGCACGACAGAAGUCUCAGGAGAUGGCCUCGGACCCACCACCCCUUGGGACUACUUCCACAUCAACAGUGUUGACAUGAACGCUGAUGGAGACUAUCUUGUCUCUUCAAGGCAUACAUGUACGCUAUACAAAGUAUCCGGACAGGACGGCCACAUCAUCUGGAGACUCGGCGGGAUAGCCAGCGACUUCGCCUUUCCACCGGGCUUGAACUUCAGCUUCCAGCACGACGCACGAUUCCGGGAGGAGAACGACACCACUACCAUCAUCUCACUGUUCGACAACGCCUCCAACGGCUACAACCAGACGGCACGCUACUCAUCUGGCAUGAUCCUGAAACUUGACCACACCGACAACUCUGUUUCUUUAGUCCAAGAUUUCGUGGCUCCUUACCAGUUCAUCUCCGAGUCGCAGGGAAACGUGCAACUCCUCGGCCGCAACCAAAAUUGGCGGACCUCGAACGUCUUCGUGGGCUGGGGUAAGAAUGCCUACAUCUCCGAAUACUCGCCCAACGGACAGAUGGUCCAACAAGGCCACUUCGCCACGGAAGGAUCGAUGAACUAUCGCGCCUUCAAGCAUAAUUUCACCUCGAACCCGACUGAUGCGCCAGCCUUGUAUACCUAUGCGCGGAACACAAGUGCCCCAACGUCAUAUUGGAUGAGCUGGAACGGAGCGACCAAAGUCGCUUCGUGGCGUCUGUAUUCGUCCCCUAACCGCGACGGACCGUGGACCGUCGUCGGCACUGUGAAGAAAUCUGGCUUCGAGACCUCUUUUACUGCCCCGAGAUAUCAUCCCUGGAGUAUUGUCGAGAGCCUGGACGCGAACGGAAACCCACUCAGGAACAGCACGAGGGCGAUCAGGACGUUUGUACCGACCGCCGAGUUGGCCGCCAAAUGUAAUGGACAGGGCUGUCCAUCUGCCAGCCGCAUUUCCAGUCCGACCGCGACGACAGGUUCCACGUCGACGAGCACGAGCACGAGCACGAGCGAGAAUGCGGGCGCUGGUAUGCGGAAACGAGGCGCCCCCGCCAGUGGGAUGGAUGGCAGAUUAGGCUUUGCAGCCAUGUUUGGGUUGGGGGCAUUCAUCAUGUAA